AUGGCGUGGUGCGACCAGCCCAGCGAUUUUGCAGACACGUGCAGACGUCAACGGGCAAGUGCUUUAGUGCAUGGUGGAUCCAUGGUUCGGAACGAGACCAGGGAGGCGUGCUGCGUAGGUGCACUGAGAGAGGCGUUAGCGACGACUGACGUAGCGGCACAGGCCAGAGGUAUCACCAGGCCCGACAAAGUGGCCUCAUUGUGUACGGGCAAGUGUAAGAGCCAUCGAGUAGCAGGUGCCCUGUGCGCCUGUAUAUAUGGCGAUGGGCUGACGACAAGGACGACGAGGACCCGGGAUGCUGCCCUGACGGUGCAUGGUGGACAGCAGGCUGGAAGAAGAAGAAAACAAAAAGACCAGCAGAGCAGCAGACCAAACCCACCCGGCAGGCCCGGCACAGCGGCCAUGUACACAUACAGGCGCGGGCUGCUGUGCGAGGCGUUCGGCGGCGUGGCGCGCACUCUUUUUUGUGGGUAUGGAGUGUGCGAAGGCCGGCUGCAUCUCGAUUGCAUGACUGCAUGCCACGGCGAUAAUUUGGCCCGUGGCCGCGGGGGCGUCCAUUCGCGCGGAUGCUGGUCGCGAUGCUGGUCCCUGGUCACAACGGCUGCGGAUCGAGCAGAAGCAAGUCGAGGGUGUGGAAGGCGAGGGGGGGCCUGUGGCGCUGAUCGAUGCACCCACAGCCCACGCUCCGUGUGCGGUGCUGGGGCGCUGGGGCGCUGGGGCGCUGGGGUGCCGUCCUCAGUGUUGCAGCUUGAACACCCACCCAUCGCCUUCUCCACCCGCAUCCUUGCCGUGGCAAACAGACACGACUCGCUGCCGCCGCGCUUCAUCUCCGAUCGUAUCUGCUUUAGCCCGCUGCACCUGGUCUUAGUUCUUGUUUCCGCUCACCCCAUGCCUGUGCCUGCAACCAUCGACAGGACGCGGCAUUGCGACCAGUAG